AUGGUGGCCAAUCAUAAACACAAAUCUACUUUACAACCCGCGAGUGUUGAAAGUAGGUAUAAGGCAUCCAGUGUCAAUGAGUCAGCAUUAUUAAGCUACAAAAUCGCGUAUCGUGUUGCUAAAGCAGGGAAACCACAUACAAUUGCCGAAAAUCUUGUUUUGCCAGCAGCUCUUGAUAUGGUUGAAAUUAUGGUCAAUAAGCAGGAGGCAAACAAGUUGAAAAACAUACCACUUUCUGAUAAUACAAUUUCACGCAGAAUAAAUGAUAUGGUCAAUGAUAUUCAAGAACAAGUAAUCGAAAAAUUAAAGAACAGCCAACAUUUUGCUAUGCAGUUUGACGAAUCUACAGAUGUUUCAGAUUGUGCUCAGUUUGUAGUAUUUGUGCGCUUUGAAACAGACGAGAGUAUCAUGGAAGAUAUCUUAUUUUGCACAGCACUUCCUGCAAACACUUCUGGCUAG